UUGGCUCAUUCUUGAGGCGUUUAAUUGUUCAAGACAAAACUGCUAGGCGGCGGUCUAUACAGGAGUAUAUUUAUAGCAGCAACCCACAAGGGGGAAUUCCCACAGUGUAGACCCUAUGUUUAAGGUCCAGGACCAUUGUUACACUGUAGUAGUAAAUUAUAAUACUACUAGGCCUAGUAGUAGUAUGUAGUCCUAAAAAGUAGGACAUUUCAUUUUGGCAAGGCGGGAAGAACAUGCUAGAAAGAACAUGCUAUGAUCAGCAAUGUGUGAUUGACAUGAAUCCAAAUGAAAAAUUGCGAUUAACCGCCAAUCGGACGUACUUACUUGACAACAUUGAUGUUGAGCAUGUGUCCAACUCCCUCUUAGGUGAUGGAAUAUUCAAUGAAGAUGAGUUGGAGGAACUCAAUGUUAUUGCAAACCCCAGGGAUCGUUGUGCUAAGCUUCUGAAUUGGUUGCCAAGGAAAGGUCCAACAGCAUAUGAAGUAUUCCGUAGGAGCCUUGAAAAGAGUCCAACACAAAAACACAUCGUUCCAGUGUUAGAUUCAACAGACUUCUCACAAAUGCCAAGAAAUGCAGGAGCCGAUGCAGCAGACGCAAGAAAAGUAGGGGGUCCAGGCAGACAAGCUGGCCAGCAGUGGCAACCAGAAUUUAGAGCACAAGGACACUAUGUACAGGUGAAAGGGGACAACAAUAUUGUUAUUUCAGGAUCAAAUGUCCAUAACGUUACUAUCAACAGAUAAGAGACAACGGUCCAGAUGAACUUAUGUUAAUAUUGAAAAAAUAAACUUAACAAUUAUCUGCAGCUUCGGUUGGUGAUCUAGUUCUGCCGGCAAGCUAAAAAAAUGGAAAUCUUUAGAAUAAUGAAAGAAAAUGGCUAAAACUGUUGAGUUUCCAGAAGUUUAGCCCAUCCAUGGACUGUCACAAAAAAAGAGAACACUCUAAAACAUUGGGAACUCGAUUGGCAUUUCAUGCCCCCUAGUUGAACAAUACCUGGAUCUGCACCUAGUGGAAAGGAGUAACAAUAAUUGUGUACUUACAAUAACCACUAUAACUUUUUAAUUUCACAUGAGCUUUACCCAGCCAUUGAGAUACUAGCACUGCUUGUCAAGGAAGUUUUAGUAUUUAAUAAGGAAAAUUUAAUAUAGUGUAACGCUGCUUUGAAUAAACGCCCACCCCACCAAAUGACUGUAAAAAAAAUGGAAGCAACAUCAUUCUCAACAAAUUCUAUUAAUGUUCUACUCCAGUAGAAUUACAUUUAUUCGAACCUGGUUAGGAUUAAUAAGCCUUUAUUAUCAUGCGGUAAAACAUUUUUGUUAUAAUUAUGUGUUGUUGUAGUUGCACAUUUACAGUCAAAUUACUAUAAAUGCUUGAAUAUGCGCUGCAGGGCUUAUAAAAAUGUUUGGAUGCUUUAGUGCGGCGCUUAUUUCGGAGAGGCGCUUAUGAAAAAAUAUUGGUGUCGAGCUUCCAUGGCCGUUCACAUGUUACCUAUCUCACGUAUUCCCGUAACUCUGUAGGCCUGUCAUAGGUCCUAUGUCAUCGUAAAUAAUUGUUUAUAAAGAAAUGCUUUUGUCUUCAUUGUGUGAUAUAUUCAUUUUAAUUUUAACGCUGUAUACAUUGUAUUUAAAACCCUGUUUCUCAGAGUGUUUCAUUACACACAGGGUAUAUACUCUCAAUUAAGCACAGCGGUGCUUAUUUGAGAGUGGUGCUUAGCAAAAAAAAAAAUCGGAUUUGGUGUGGCGUUUAUUUGGGAGCUGCGCUUAUUCGAAUUUAUGGUAAGGGGGCGUUUAUCAAAGUAUAUACAUAUCCGUUUUACACCAAAAAAAAUAAUUGCCUCCAUCAAAUAAAUGCCUCUCUUGAAUAAACACCCCUCAAAAGCCCUUCUCUAAAAAUAAACGCCCCGGAGCAUUUAUUUGGAUAAAUAAGGUAAUAAUCGUAAGGUACAGAUUGAAGCCUGGUUUCCUUAAAAGCGCUACUGUGUUUUCGUUCCCCGACGCAAUCGGGAAGGCUCCCCAAUUCGACCGACCAGUAUCAUUGAAAGCUGUUGGCAAUAGCGUGUAGUGAUUGUAUGGAAACCAAGCUUUAUACAGAGCUAUUUGAAAGACUGCAGUUAGCAUCGGCAGCACUGUUUUUCUUCAGUUCUUAAGUGUAUAAUCUCCAGAAAAGCUUAUGAUAAAAGUU